UUCUGCUGGUUGGGACAUUACCCGUGUCCGCAAGUGCUAUUCAUUUUUUGCAGUUUUUUUUGGCUUUUCUCCGCUGUCAAAUAAUUUGCCUCCAACAUUACCUUUUAAUGUCGCUGCUAUUCUACACUCCAUUGUCGAUUGAACAGUAGCUACUCCGAGACGAAACCAGAUGAAGUUAAUAACUGCAAAUUUCUUGACCUGUGCCGUCAAAGGAUGCAAGACAUCACCGACGUCGUUCCCACUUCACUUUAAGGAUGCGGAGCUUGAGCUGCAGGAACUCGAUUUUCAGCCCGAGUUUAUCCGUAAUAUCGUUCCCCGAAUUGAUUGGGAUGCAUUGCAGACAAUGGCAAAUGAGCUUGGGUUCCCUAAAAUUCUGGAUAAGAAGCCUGAGGGUGAUGAGCUCAAUGAUGAGCAAAUACUGAGGGAGCUACACCGGCUAUUAUUGGAAACACAAAUUAUUGAAGGAAAGUUGAUAUGCGGAAACUGUGGGCAUGAGUACAUGAUCAAAGAGGGGAUUGCAAAUUUCCUUCUGCCAAGUCAUUUGGUCUAACACCUCAUGCGUCUUGUUUUAUAAAACUGUCGAGAGAUGAGUGCUAGGUCGCAAUAACAUCAGACAUAUAGCUCACCUCCUCGCGUUACUGCCAAGACGCCAUAAUCACAACGCUGUAUCUGUCAAACAAGUCCGGAGAUUAAGCCAUGUCGGAAGCAGUGGAAACAAAGAUGGGGCCUAAGCAACGAUGGAGG